AUGUCUCGUGCUCGCGGCACAAUUAAAUCUCGUGCUCGUGACACGUCCAAGUCUCGUGCUCUUGGCACAAUUAAAUCUCGUGCUCGUGGCACGAUCAAGCAUCGUGCUCUUGGCACAAUUAAAUCUCAUGCUCGUGACACGCUUGAGUCUCGUGCUCGUGGCACAAUUAAAUCUCGUGCUCGUGGCACGAUCAAAUCUCGUGCUCGUGACACGUCCAAGUCUCGUGCUCGUGACACGUUCAAGUCUCUUGCUCAUGACAUGCUCAAGUCUCAUGCUCGUGAUACGUUCAAGUCUCGUGCUCGUGACACGUUCAAGUCUCGUGCUCUUGGCACAAUUAAAUCUCAUGCUCGUGGCACGUUCAAGCAUCGUGCUCUUGGCACAAUUAAAUCUCAUGCUCGUGACACACUUGAGUCUCGUGCUCGUGGCACAAUUAAAUCUCGUGCUCGUGGCACGAUCAAAUCUCGUGCUCGUGACACGUCCAAGUCUCGUGCUCGUGACACGUUCAAGUCUCUUGCUCAUGACAUGCUCAAGUCUCAUGCUCGUGAUACGUUCAAGUCUCGUGCUCGUGACACGUUCAAGUCUCGUGCUCUUGGCACAAUUAAAUCUCAUGCUCGUGGCACGUUCAAGCAUCGUGCUCUUGGCACAAUUAAAUCUCAUGCUCGUGACACACUUGAGUCUCGUGUUUGUGGCACAAUUACAUCUCGUGCUCGUGACACGCUUGAGUUUCGUGUUCAUGACACAUUCUAUGCCUUGUGCACGUGA